AUGCAGAUCCUCCUCCAUCUCCCUAAAUUCAUGAAUUGGCUGAACGAGCAUCAGAAAGCCAAUGCACAUGGACUGAUAGACUGGCCCUGCGAUCCAAACCACCUUGACAUGCAGCCUCCGAAUCCGGCGAAUGCUAUCGUCCCGGCUACCGCUAUAGGCUGUGUGUCUUGCCUGAUGAAGGACUUGGUGAGUGAUUACUGGGGCCAAGUAGAUCUUGCGGCAGACGGGACUCCGAAUCCUUUUGACGCUGGUCAACAGCCAAUGAUGCCUAUUCAUCGGUUAGCUAAGCGCUGGUACGCUCCCCAUGUUGCAGCAACCGCUUCUGCACUAAACAGACAGUUGGCGAUUGACAGAAGAGAUGCUCUGCAGUAUGCAGAUGACUUCUUGAAGAUGGUAUUGGGGCAUAUGGAAGAGACGAUUCCCCGGACAAACACCAAUCGCAUCGACCAAUACAAUGCCCUCUUCAUGCUCGAAUCCCAAAAUACGAGCCGCUGUAAAUGCCACGCCAGAAAUACCCAGCCAGCUACCCCGACAAUAGGCAUCGAGAAUGUGUGGCCGACCCCCAGGCAACCAGGCGACACUAUAGACCACGCCAUCUGGGAUGCCUGCAACUAUGAAGUGACCAUGGCGUGCGCUCACUGUGGGCAAGACCGCACGCACACCAUCGAACGCCGCAUCAAAGCCGCUCCGCAGUACCUUCGCGUGCAGUUUGACAUCCACGAGAGAGACGAUGAAGGCAACGAGGACCAAGACAUCGACGGCAACAAGAUGAAGAACAUGGGUCCCCAGCAUCAGGACCCCGUUCCCAUCGACUCCAUCAUAGACAUAACCCAACACCAAAUGAACACCACCACGCCCCUCCGCUACAAGCUCAUUGGCGUGGUCUAUCACCACGGAGAAUACGUCAAUGAUGGACAUUAUCUGGCGGCUGUUACGUGCUACGGUAAUAAGAAGUACCUUAUUGACGACGACGAUAUUAGUGAGGAAGCGCGUCGGGACAAUGACCAAGACCCCCUGACAGUCAAUCCGAUGGGGUGGUAUCGGAAUGAUCAAAAUUACUUGUACGCUGUUACGCUGUGGUAUGAGAGACUGAGUAAUCCACGGCCGCUCAAUUUGUAG